AUGGGCCAAAGGCUUGCUCCAGUUCUUGCCGUUUGCUUUAUGAACAGAAUAGAACAACCAGUGAUAGAACGUCUUCCACAAAUGUACUGCCGUUGUAUCGAUGAUUGCUUCAUUAUAACAUCAAAGCAAUCCGAUAUGGACGAAUGCUUUAAAAUUCUGAAUGAACGAUCGCAGUACAUAAAACUCACUCGAGAACAACCAAAAGAUGGUUGGCUGCCUUAUUUGAAUGCUCAAAUAAAACUGCACAAUGGCAUUGCAAGUGUGAAAUGGUAUCGCAAGGGAAGCUCGAAAAACAUACUGAUAAACGCAAAGUCAGCCCAUCCUAAUGGCAUGAAAAAGGCAGUUAUCCGAAAUAUGGUCAAGACAGCAACAGCAAUGUACACAGGGGAUAGAGAAGGAAUCACUAAAACUAGCCACAAGCAUAGUAGAAUUCCUUUGUGCAUCCCCUUCGUCUCUGACUCCUUAACUGCUGCUAUACACCGGACUCUUUUGCGAGCACAGCUGCAAGAUGAUGUUGUGUUGGUGAACAUCCCGAACGACAGCAUCAAGCGACAUAAGGACGCUGAUUGCCCGAACAUCGGAGUUAUUUACCAAAUAGAAUGCAACGCUAUUUAUAUUGGAGAAACUGGAAGGAUGCUGAAGACACCAGUACUUAAGGAUACUGCACAGUGCGUAGAUCUCAUUCGCCUUGGUGGCAGUCUUAAAGAACGCGGUGGUUCACCAACCCCGCUAGUCGGUUGA